AUGGCUGCGACGGUGCUCUACCUGAUGGCUCUCACAGUGACGAAGAAGAGAUGCAUCCGGGCUCCGCGGGGCUGCUCCGCGGGUCAAAAAUCGAACCCGCAGCGGCGGACCACGGAAGCUCCAGGCAUCGCCGCAGCACUGUCUGCGCCGCGUAAAACGGACGCGUCCAAGGGUCGGGACCUGCCAAAGGCGGCUACGCACGAGUCGUGGGCGAGCCUACGCAGGGCGUGGGGCAUCGGGUUUGGCGGCAACAAGGGCGACGCCAACCACCCGGAGGCGAUGGGGGAGCGGCUGCGCGGCCUCUUUGACGAGUGCUCCCGCCGGCUCGGCCGCUCGCCGCCUGUCGCCCCGGCGUCGGCCGCCGCCGAGCCGACGCGGGCGACGCCAGCCGCGGUCGGGCAGGCGCGGAGCCUGAAGGAGCUGCUCUCGCUGCUGGCCGUGGCGCCGUUCCAGGCGCCGGCGGACUUUGUGGCGCCGCUGUGCUCCGCGCUGGAGCGCCUCGCGCUCGGCCUCGUGCCCGCAGAAGCGGUGGCGCUGCUCGAGCAGGCGAGCGGGCGGGGGCCUUCAGUUACUUCCGCCGUGUAG